GUUAUUGACUGGUAACUCUUUUGUGCAAGGAACCAGCUUGCAACAGAAUCAGCUGGCCAGGGUUUCCAGCCAAACCCGGCGAAUAUUCUGAAAUCUGGGUCAGUCUGCUGAAAGAAAAUGUGCUAGAUGAAAGGAAUAGUGUCGUGGAAGAUAUCUUUUAGUCAAACAGGAAAGUGAGGGGAAGAGUGGAGACAGCAGAAACAUGCCUAGAAAAAGAAACUGGAAAAAGGGUGUUGUUAAAAGGAAAGACGUUGAAGAAGACCAUCUUAAAACCUUCAAGAAGACAGUACCAUGUGGAAGAUACAAGACUACAAACUUAGUUCUUUUUGAAGACUUAGAGAAGACUGAAAAACGUCUACAGUACAUACAAGCUAGAAAUGAGAGACGACUCUGCUCAGAUGAAGAUAAUCAACAAGAGAACUCAUCUAACAAGAUAGCAGAAUUGAAACAAGAGAAACAACAAAUGAAAGAAGAAAUAGCAUUGUUGAAAUUGAAGAUUGAUGUUUUGUUAAAUAUGUUGGCACAGGCUACUGCUGUCACCAAUUACCAACAUGAUGAGCUGAAAAGACUCAGAGCUCAAAUUGGAAACACCUAGGAAGACCACAGAAUAAAGACCUAUAGAUCUGAUUGUUCAGUUAAAGUUCAUACAUGAACUGUUUUGAUGAUUCUGUUUGAAUACAAUUGUAUUUAUCUGAAAUUUUUUACAAGUUUAAAUUUUUUUAAGAUGUUUUGAUCUUUCUUCUUUUUUUCAACUUUAAAUCAAAUGGAACUUGAAAUUUAGACCAUUGAAUUUUUUUUAUUAGAAUGUACAAGUUUGUAUUACAAUAAGAUAAGAACUUUAACAUUUUACAUGUUAGUGAAAUUAAACUUUUGCUAAACAUUGAAAUUUCCAUAUUGACUUAGUUAUUUGUUUAGAUUGAGCAGACGACAUACACAAAUCACUGAAACUAAAAACCAAGACAAUAUAGAAAUACAAUAUAUAUCUGUUAGCACAAAUUUGUUAAUGUAUACAUUGUUAUUGAAGAUAAAAACUUGGCUAAUGUACUUUUUUAUACAGAUUAGCCAAGUUUGUGUGAAUUUUACCAUUGGCACUAAAUACUGUGUAAAAUUCAUAUCAUAGUGGUUUAAAUGUACAGUAUAAAAAGUUAUGUUACAAUUGUAAUAUUUGCCAGUUUAUGACCUCAAAUGACAAGGUUUUUUAUUUUGUGAAUUUGAGCUGUGAUUUGUGGCAUUGUAAAUUUAAAAGAAGUUAACAGAGCCAGUUUCUACAUAUGUUAGUUAUGAGGAUUUUGUAAUAGUUUUCCCUAAACCCAUAUUCUUUUCAGGAUAUUUGCUACAUUAAUAGCUUUAAUUAACAAACAAAACAUGCUUUAAAUUUGUAUAAUUUUUGUUAAAACUGUCAAAAAGUUUGAAGUACUUAUAUUACUGUAAAAGAUUAUACUAUUCUGUGAUAUUUUAAGAAUAUUGUUAAUUGACAGCAGUUAUUGUUACACAGUUAAUAUUUUUGUAUGAUAACUUUAAAAUAACCUUUCUUUAUCAUUCUUGUAUUGUAAUUCUACUUAACGUUAUCGACCUAAAAAAAUUUAGUACAUAAAACUUGCAUAUUCUUUUAAGUAGUUAUCAAAUGAGAUUAGAAAUACAGAACACCAAGUUAUAUUAACAUGUCUUGUACAUGUGUCCUUCAGUAUUUAACACAUGGUUUUGGCAGAAAAAAGACACGAUAACAGUACAACAUAAGCUCAAUAUGGAUUAAGAAUAACAAAAUCUUCAUAGUUUCAUUUACAAAAACCGAAAAAAUAAAGAAGUGUUUUUUAUAAGUGGAUAAACCAUGUUACAUGUGUUUUUUUUUUGGCAAGUUUAAUGUACAUGUGUUAAGUAUGGGAAAGUUUAAUGUACAUUUGUUAAUUAUGGACAAGUUUAAUUUACAUGUGUUAAGUAUGUGCAAGUUUAAUUUACAUUUGUUAAGUAUGGACAAGUUUAAUGUACAUGUGUUUAAUAUAGACAUGUACAUGUAUGCAUUAAGCAUAAUUUUGUUGAAUGUACAUGUGUAGAGACUUUUGAGAUUAUAUUAAAGAAGAUCAAAAGAAUCUUCCACUUCUGAAUUGUAAUGUACAGUAUAUAGGUGAAUUAAUUACAAAUUUUGAUAACUUUUAGUUAAGUCUUGUUAAAAAGAUAGAAGAAAAUAAAGGCAAAUUAUCAUUUA